AUGAAGGAGAAAUCCAAAACUGCCGCAAGGACUAGACGGGAAAAGGAGAACAGCGAAUUUUAUGAACUGGCCAAAAUGUUGCCUUUACCCUCGGCUAUUACGUCGCAGCUGGACAAAGCGUCUAUAAUACGACUGACAACAAGUUAUCUGAAGAUGCGAAUUGUCUUUCCUCAGGGUAUGUAUAUCUUCAGAUUCAACAAUUCACACUUCUUUUAUAUGCAAUUUGCCAUUCAUAGGCUAGGCUAUAGGCCUAUAUGUAUUUGUAUUUAUCUGUAGCCUUUCUCUUAUCUGGAUGUUUUGUUUUGUUUUCAUUUAUUCACCUGCAUUGGCCUACAUAUUAAGGUAUUCUAAUUGUAUAGCCUAAUAUGUUUACUAUGCAUAUGCCUAUGUACAUUAACAUAGCGUUAUAGCCUAUUACAGCUGAUAAUAAGAUUGUGUGAUGAUAAUACCAUAAUUCUAUUGCUAUGACACCUGGUAGCUGCUGCCUUAAUUGACUGUUGCAGUCAUUGCUGAUGUUGUUAUCUUAUUAGCCUGUCCCUUGUCUUUUGAGCUAUAGUUAUUGCUACAAUAUCGCUAUAGUAUGGGCUAGAGUGUAAUUUCAUACGUGCGUGUGUGUGCGGUGUGCGGUCGCGUGCGGAUGAUCAUCGUGCAUCCCUGUCUCGGCGCGCAUACAUUUAUGCCAUUUUCAGGGUCAGGGGAUCGAAAGGCGUAUGUAAGGAAGGCGAUUAGCCACAAUCUUCCCCCGGUUUCAACAGGCUGCUUUACUGCGUGACUGAGAACAAGCCGCAUCAAUUAUAUAAAAUGCCCAGCGUGCCACUAGCCGACCUCAGGCGCGAAACAGAGCCCUGUGAUUGAGCUGGAGUAAUUGAUCCACUCAAGCCGCUUUAGCUUUUUCCGGAUAAAGAAGGGAAUAUAUGAAUUCUGGAAAAUUGCUAAAGAUAUAGGGUGUGGUAAAUAAUAUUUUUACACGUAGCCUAUAGGCUACACGUGGAUCUAUUGGCUAUUUAGGCCUACACUGCAGGUUUGAUCUUAACCAUAACGUUUCUCACUUUUGGGUUUAGGUAAACUCAUGACAAAUGCAAGGAAUUACGAUUUUUCAAUAAGUAGGGCUAUAGCUUAGGCCUAUUGCGUCAGCCAUAUCAUGAUGUGACAGCUGUUAUGACAGUGUUAUGGUAGCUCACCAAAACUGAACGGACACAUGGAAAUGUUUUCACUUCACGUAAACAAUCACAGGUGCACGUUGCAAGAAAUCACAAGGUAGGCUACUUAGACGUGAUGAUAAACAGUAGCAGAUAUGACUGAUUUUUUAAAAAUUGUUAACUAUGCCAGCAGUUUAACUUGUGAAUAGCACUUUUUAUAAUGCCAAUACAUUUUAUGACAUAUAGCCUAGGCUACUGAUACAAAAACAAACGCCAUAAUUUGGAAUGCUUUCUCUGGGCUAUUGUAAACAAUAUGAACGUUUGUGUUUGCAUUAACCUAUAGGCUACAUCAGCCGUUAUGUUGUAUAAAUCACUGAUUCUUGCUCAUUAGAAUAAUCAAUAAUAGGUUACAUUUUGAUUGUGCCCAAGUAGGCCUAAUUGUGCAAAUCAUAAUCAAUUAUUGUGCAUAUCAUCUAUAUCAGACACAUGCCAUUGAAAUGGCCGAAUUUAGCCUAUAGCCUAUUUGAUCGCCAUUUGUGACUAUAUUUGAUCACCAUUACGAAAAUAUUUUUUUCUGCAGUUUGAUCGAAGUUAUCAAUUGCUUGGAAAAAUUAUUUCGCACUAGGAUUUGCAUCAAUGGGCUAUAGGCGUUUUAAAAAUGCCUGCAUUGAAAUCAAGAUGUUUUGGUAUUGACACUAGGCGUCCAUUAUGAAAAAAUACAAUAUGCCUUAAUAAAAAAGUCUAACAUUCGUCUAAAACAAAAGAGAGCCCUAAACCGUUGUCGGCUCAAACUAAUAGUCAAUAGUCAACAGAGGCAAUGGCCUGUUUGUGUAGGCCUACUUGCAGCCACUGUUGGGCAAAUGUGUUAACAAUUUGUAAUGGGUUAGGCUAUUGUCACUGGAAAAACAGUCCAAGCACAGCCUGUCUGAAACCUAGUAAACAUCUGAAAAAUACCAUAGAGCAGAGACGUUAAGUUUCUCUGCUCACAUCGCCUAUAGGCUAUUUGCUUGGGGCACUUGACGUCCGAACUUCAAACGCCGGGUGCAUAUAUUCUUUGCCUAUUAUAUUACAAGACAUGUAGACCUGAUGAUGCUCAUUGAAUCCGGCUUCGCUUCUUGAAUACAUCAGACAAAUUAGUUUAAACUGCACUUACUGUGACCCCAGUGGUAGGUGAGUUGAAGUGUGAGCAAAGUACAGCUCGAGCCAUGAUUGCAGCUGCUAGUUGAAUAUGGCGCGCGUUUUGUCAUUUAGCAGACGCUCUUAUCCAGAGCGACUUACAGGAGCAAUUAGGGUUAAGUGCCUUGCUCAAGGGCACAUCGACAGAUUUUUCACCUAGUCGGCUCGGGGAUUAGAACCAGCGACCUUUCGGUCACUGGCACAACGCUCUUACCCACUAAGCUACCUGCCGCCCCGUCUCUCAGGAAAGACAGCCAGACAGUCCUACACAACAACAUACAAUAUCUUAUAUAAUCCUAUGUAGAUUUAUGUGAAAACAUAAGCAUACAAUAUUAAUAUUACAUGUCAAUGUUUCAAAAGUUGAUAACAUGGAAUUAAUCACAAUCGAUUUACCAUUGAUGUUUGCAGUCAUUGUCAAUGUGCAUUUUCGAAUAUGUGUCUACGCAGCAUGCCUACUUUCGAUUGGUCAUGUAUGGAACUGAAAUUAACAGUAAAUUGCCAAAUUCUAAAAAGAGAAGUUCUUGCAAAAAGUAUUGUAAUUGCGAAAAUAUCAAAUAUAUAUUGUGUAAUAUAAAAAGGAAAUACAUAUGAUAGGUUAUACUCUCCUUGUCCAUUAGUCUACUAUGCAUGACUGCGUCAAGCUCAAUGUAAACCAACGCUGCAUGUUGUUGUCAGAGGAUGAGGCUACUUUGCAUGCUUGCAGAGCGUAAAAUCAUUUGACUACUAAACAAAUAUGGAGAUGAACAGUGCAAGAAGCUAUUUCAAAUGUUGACCAAAUAUUUGGUGUAUUUUUGUUGAGCUAUGUAAACGCAAAUUAAUCGUUUGGACAAUAUUGAAAUGUGAAAUGGUGGUGGAAUAUUCGAGUUUUUACUCAGACCCUGAUUGAUUUUGUAGGCUAUGAUUAGCAGUUUUUUUCUAUAGAAGAGCCGCUUCGAGUUAUAUUGGUUCCCUCGAGGUUGUCAUGUUCAAUGGAUUUGUAGUUUUGAUAUUAGGCUAUUUGCUUAAUUUCGAUCCAUUUUUGCCGCAUUUUCUUCAUCUUACUUUUAACCUUUUUUGACACAAAUAGCUAUGUAUUAUUAUUAUUAAUAAUAUUAUUGAAUAUAUAGAGCAAACAGCCACAAUAAAAGCCGUAAUAAAGAUGCAUUUUCACAUGGGUUAUGUGUAUUAUUGCACGACUACGGUUUACCUAGAAAAAACGCUUUGUUGGCGUGGCGCUUUGUUUCAGGUUUGGGUGAGGCUUGGGGUCACACGAGUCGAACGAGAUCUUUGGACAAUGUAGGACGUGAGCUGGGAUCCCACCUUCUCCAGGUAAUUUGGAAAGCUUAGCCUGUUAAUUUAUUGGCACAAUCACUGCAAAAUAUAAUUAUUUAAAUAGCCUACGAAUAAUUAAAAUAAUAAUUCUUAAGAUGUAGACAUGUUACAUUUGAGUUGAUUUGAUAGGCGGGACCACACAUACUGCAGGUAAUGUAGAAAUCUUAGGCUACUAAUAUAAUUUUAGAAAAUCACAGAAAAUUAUGUAAAAUAUUAUAUUACUAAAAAUGAAAAUAAUAAUUCUUAAGAUGUAGACAUGUUACAUUUGAGUUUAUUUGAUAGGUGGGACCCCACAUACUGCAGGAAAUUUAGAAAGCUUAGGCUACUAAUAGAAUUUUGGAAAAUCACAGAAAAUUAUGUAAAAUAUGAUAUUACUAAAAAUGAAAAUAAUAAUUCUUAAACUUUAUAGGCCUACCUAGCCAUGUUAUACUAUAUUUGGUAUUUGAAAUAAAAUGCGGUGAGUGCUUUUGAAUUAAUAUUCCGUUGAUCUGUGCAUUAAUUCAUGCAUUUUUUCUCCAGACACUGGAUGGCUUCAUCUUUGUUGUGGCGCCAGAUGGAAAGAUCAUGUACAUCUCCGAGACAGCAUCAGUCCAUUUGGGACUCUCUCAGGUCUGCACCUGGUCGCAUUCAUCACCAUUUAUUUAGUGUUUUGGUUUUUUCAAGUUUUAGUGAGUGGAGUCUUUUAGGCUAGUGUUUUAGCCUAUACCAUAAGCCGUAAGAGCGCGCGAUAGGCAUGUUAAAAACGUUAUUCGUGUGAGAUAAUAUGGAAUCAUGUUUGAAUUGUUUGAGCGAUUAAUACCAUUUAAUUACCGAGGUAAUUCUUAACAGGUAGAGCUGACCGGGAACAGUAUUUACGAAUAUGUUCACCCAGCUGACCACGACGAAAUGACUGCAGUCCUGACACCACAUCAGCCGUACCACUCGCAUUUCGUCCAAGGUAGGCUAGGCCUAUAUAAAUAUAGUAGGCCCAAUUCGGAGAGAAUGAAACCACAUAUCGAUUGAAUUUUUGUACGUUGGAUAAAUAUACUACUAUAUUUCCUGUCUUCUCUUCCAGAAUACGAGAUGGAGCGCUCUUUCUUCUUGAGGAUGAAAUGCGUGCUGGCGAAGAGAAACGCCGGCCUCACCAGCGGUGGAUAUAAGGUAGACGAUUAAUAUAUGGAAGUAGGCCUAUACAUUGUUGUCUGGAAAAUGAUAUUGAUGUUGCAUAAAAAUGCUAUUGUUUUAAUAGAAAAUUGACGCCAAAUUGAUUUGCGCGUUAUUACGCAUAACGCUAGGCCUACGCAUAGGUUAUGGAAAUGUUGAAAUAUUUACAGUAUUAAAGCAUGCAAUUAAAAAGACAGCGCAAAAAAAUUAUACAAAAAUGUUAUGAGUAGCAAGGGUUGUCUAAUUUCCCUCUCAACCACACCAGGUGAUUCACUGCAGCGGUUACCUGAAGAUCCGUCAGUACAGCCUGGACAUGUCGCCUUUCGACGGCUGCUACCAGAACGUGGGCCUUGUGGCGGUGGGACACUCUUUGCCUCCCAGCGCUGUGACGGAGAUUAAGCUGCACAGCAACAUGUUCAUGUUCAGAGCCAGCCUCGACAUGAAACUGAUCUUCCUUGACUCGAGGUAGGCCUACAGCAAAACAUACAAAUACAGCAUGGGUUGAAGCCUAUGAUAGAUAUGAAGGAGAAUAGUUGAAUAACAUAGGCCUACAUCGGGUGUUUUGAUGAGCCAGCCAUGGCAUAAACAGGCUGAAGUUUUUUUGUCUUUUUUACCGCUAGUGCUCUGACAGAUGUUAAAUGAGUAUUAAGUCCACAACUUAAUGGUAUAAAAACAGUAUCAAAUUCACUAACAUGAAAUGCCACAAUAUAUUGCAUUAUGAUUUGUGUUAUAAUGUCUUAUUGAAUCUAAAAACUGAAAUGUUUUAUUGUCUUAAAAUGGAGCGCUGGACCUCAAGCAACUGGGGUCCACUUUAGAGAAUGUUCUGUUCCUUAGCAUGAAAACAAGUUUGGAUCAAAUAGAAUGCUAAGCAUAUAUUGAUACAUGGCGGGAGAACAGUGCAUAUAUUGAUAUGUGGAGGGAGACCAGUGCAUAUAUUGAUAUAUGGAGGGAGAACAGUGCAUAUCUUGAUGUGUGGAAGGAGAACAGUGUGAACUUCAAUACAUGGAGGGAGAACAGUGCAUAUAUUGAUAUGUAGAAGGAGAACAGUGUGAACUUCAAUACAUGACAGUCUCAGGAAAAAUAAAGCAAUGUUAUGGCACUGACUUCUGCCAUGACUAAAAGAGAGAGAGUUUUUUUUUUGCUGAGUCACUUUGCCCUCCCUCCCUCCCUCCCUCCCUCCCUCCCUCCCUCCCUAGGGUGGCAGAGCUGACAGGUUACGAGCCCCAGGACCUCAUUGAGAAGACCCUGUACCACCACGUCCAUAGCUGUGACACCUUCCACCUACGCUGUGCUCACCACUUGUGUAAGUUAGUUACAGUAGGUUUGGCCCUGCCUCGUCAGACUCUACCUUUGACCUUAUUGUACUUUAGGCUACUUUACAGUACUUUAGGCUACUUUACUGUACUUUAGGCUACUUUACUGUACUUUAGGCUACUUUACUGUACUUUAGGCUACCUCACUGUACUUUAGGCUACUUUACUGUACUUUAGGCUACUUUACUGUACUUUAGGCUACUUUACUGUACUUUAGUAGUCAAAUAAAUUUCUGAAAUACAUACAUUUUAUCACAAAGAUUUCAAUGAGGGAACAAAGGAUAAAACAAAAAAAUACACAAGAUAGUAAAUGUGAUAAAACACAGAAUGUCUUGGCACCAGACAUUGAACUCUACACACACAAACAAACACCAAGUGCCUCAGACCAGAAUAGCCGACGUCUUCUGUAAAUGUUCAGAUGGUUCUUCAUGUUGAAUCAGCUAAAACAGCCACCGCUCGUUGGCACACAGCAGGUGGUCCCUAUAACCCACCGCCACAACAGCAAUCAAUGGAACGCCCCAUACCGCGUUCUGCCUACCAUCGUGAUUGUGUGUGUGCUGCUUUAGAAUAACCCAUUAUAGGUCAAAACAAUCCAAACUAAGAUGUCUCCUCUCCUCUCCUCUCCUCUCCUCUCCUCUCCUCUCCUCUCCUCUCCUCUCCUCUCCUCUCCUCUCCUCUCCUCUCCUCUCCUCUCCUCUCCUCUCCUCUCCUCUCCUCUCCUCUCCUCUCCUCUCCUCUCCUCUCCUCUCCUCUCCACUCCUCUCCUCUCCUCUCCACUCCACUCCACUCCACUCCACUCCACUCCACUCCUUUGAUCCUGACAGUGCUGGUGAAGGGCCAGGUGACCACUAAGUACUACCGUUUCCUAGCCAAACAGGGGGGCUGGGUGUGGGUGCAGAGCUACGCCACCAUCGUCCACAACAGCCGCUCCUCCAGACCCCACUGCAUCGUCAGCGUCAACUACGUCCUUACGUGAGAAUCAUUCAAUUCAAUUGAAUUCAAGCUAGUCUCUUUCUGAACCGCAUCAUGAUCUGAAGCUGGGGAAAACCACCACCCAAGAACUACAUUUUUUAAAAGCGACUUUGAGAUUCUGAACUUAAUGAAAGGUGCUAUAUAAAAUACAUCUAUUACUAUUAUUAUUAUGAGGAUGAUGAUGAUGAUGAUGAAUUAUAAUUAUAAUUAUUAAUUCAAUUCAAUUUGACUAUUACUAUGACGACGAUGAUGAUGAUGAUGAUGAUUAAUUCAAUUCAAUUCAAUUUGACUAUUACUAUUAUGAUGAUGAUGAUGAUGAUUAAUAAUAAUAAUUAAUUCAAUUCAAUUUUACUAUAUUAAUCCCCUAGAGGCAAUUAGGAUGGCAUUGUCCGAGCAGAAGCAACAAACAAUGACAUACAUAAACAUAAAACAACUCUACAUACAAAACAUGACCUUCUCAUGGACCAUGGUAUUAGUGAAAUACCAACAAACUUAGUUAAUGACCCCAGCUAAACUGGUAGUGGGUAGGGCUGUGUGUACCUCUCACAUUCUCCCUUCUGUCCCUUUAUGGCCUAUCUGUACUGCUACCCCUUACUAUACACAGAUAUCGAAAAUGUAAUUUCUUUUCAGGUAGAUGUGUGUCAAGAGAGCCCAGGUGCGAUAAGACCUUUUGAGAACAGUAAGAUAAACAUUGGGGGUAAAAACCUACUUUCAGAAUUGACCUGGUGUCUGAGGAAAGAAAAUCUAUACCGCAGUGAACUGGAAAUCAAUAGCCAUCUCAUAGCUGCUGCCCAUGUUGGAUUUUCCUUGUUAGGUUUGGUUGAUCCAGACAUAGCUCUUUAAUCUCUGUGUGUGUGUGUGUGUGUGUGUGUGUGUGUGUGUGUGUGUGUGUGUGUGUGUGUGCCUGUGUGCGUACGUGUUUAGUCCGUCUGCCGGUCCACUCUUGUGUAUUUACUAUUGUGUAUUGACCUCAACCUCCAACACACUCACAAACGCGACUCCAUAUGGAAGCAGGCUUCUCUAGUGUAUUCAUACUACAUGUAUAGCUUGUAAUCAGAAGUAAACAUGUUUUGAUUGAAUUCUACUCCGUGAGAUACAGUACAUCCCCAGUAAAUACACACUAAGCACUGUUCAAAUACUGCUGAAUUUGACAAUACAUACUAAAGAGCAGUUAAGCCCUCCCGUCACCAUAACCUAAGCAUUUUAAUCCGUUAGCUUCCAUCAUGCCAUUAAUAAAUCAGGAUUCGGAGGUGGAGAGCCGCUGGCAUAUUUUAGAUGGGAGGUAGUCUCACUUCGACCGCCAGGUAGAAUCCAGCUAACACAGCUGAGUUUGCACCAAAGCCUAUAGCAGCACUCGAGCAUAAGUCACAGAGUGGAAAUAUAUGAUGCAGAACCGGUCACCGCUACUGUACCUGCAAGAGCCAAUAACCAUAUCUGUGUUCCAAAUGGCACCCAAUUCCCUAUAUAGUGAACUACUUUUGACCAGGGCCCGUAGGGGAACCCAUAUGGCUCUGGUCAAAAGUAAUGCACUAUAUAGGGAAUUGAGUGCCAUUUGGAACUAUGUCGCACAAAACACUGACUAUCCAAAUAUUGCCUUUCCAUUGCAGUGUCACACACAUAAAGAACGGGUCAUAUUUAGAAACAUAUUAUAGUGACUGGUUGACUGAGGUCAGAGACAGGGCACAGGGGUUUAAAAUGCCACGGGCUGGUGUUACUUACUGCUGAUGCGGUAAGUUAGGAACAGGGCGGUGUUUGCAGAGUGUUUGACACGUGAACUGUUUCAUGGCAUUGACGUCUGAUAGAGUUCAGGCAAAGGACAGCGGGUUAUAAUGAUAAAGGUGGCGGAUAUAUUAUCUUAUAUGUACAUACAGCUGACAAAAUGAAUAGUCAAUGUUGGGAGAAAUGUAUUCAAUCUAGGGGGCGGUGUGUGUUUGUGUGUGUGUUUGUGUGUGUGGUGUGCGUGUGGGUACACUUUCACUUCACUUUGACAUUAUGGGAACGGUCGUAAUUCAUGUGUGCGAGUUUGUGUGUUCUGCCAAUGUUUGUGCCGUAGCAAUGAAUCAUUAACUUUGCUUAGGGUGUCUGUUGUGUUUUUCAUAGUGAAAAAAGGGAGGGCUAAUCUCCCAACCUAGUUUAUUUUAUAUAACCUUUUCAUUUCUAACUGUCAUCCCAUUAAUGCAUUAAUCAAUACUCAAAAGAAGGUGUUGGUGAAUUAUGUCUCACUCACUAUCAAAAGUAAAUAUUGGCAGACAGCGGUGUUCACAUUGGAGUAAUUACUUAUAAUAGGUCAUAUGAUAUAUUGCCAUAACUUCUGUGAAAUUAGAUGUUUUAAAUGUGCUCACUACACGUCAAGUCAUACCUCUCAGUGAAACCUUGAGGAAGGUCUAUUGACUGAAACAUUGGUUGAAAGAUCCAUUAAAUAGUUUGUGGAGCGUUCAGGAUUACUAGUGUGCUGGAGUUUCUUCUUUCUUCAAAUGUGCUCACUACAAAAUGGCGGUCUCUUCUGUGUGUCUGUGUGUGUAGAGAUACUGAAUAUAAGGGAAUGCAGCUCUCCUUGGACCAGAUGACCCCUAGCAAGCCAGCGUUCUCCUACACCAGCCCUCCGAUCACUACAGAGGAGAGGAAUGGGACCAAGUCCUGUAUGAUACACACCAAGGCCAAAGUCAGAGUGUCCCCCUAUCCACAGCAGGUAAGACACUUGGUAUCUCGGUGGUGUACUUGUUCUCUAGCACAGUAAUAAGAAGGGCAUAUGUCUGUUUCUCUCUCCCUUAGCUCUCUUAGUCACACAUUUUACAUGAACAUCACAGCCUCCUUGUGUUGUAUUGUAUUGUAAUCAAUAUGAUGUGUCUUUGAGCCAAACGUCACAGAAUAUUGAGUUGGCAUAAAACAAUAUUUUACUACUUUAAUAUAUAGUUUAAACUUUGUAUAUUCCAAGUUCUAGUUUUCCGAACAUUUUCUCUCUUCCUCUAGUUUUCAGCCUUUCACCCAGAGCAUUCCGAGUCCGACCAGGACAGCCAAUGGGGAGGUAGCCCCCUGACAGACUCCGCCUCCCCUCAGCUGCUGGACCAAGGGGAGGGAGCGGAGGGCGGUGCCUGCGCCUACAGACUCUACCCCGACUCCGGCUCCCUGUGCUACGGCCUGGCCCUCUCAGAGGAGGACCUCACGCACACCCACACCCCCACCCACCCUCACGCCCCCGCCUGCGACCGUGGUGCCAGCUGCCAGGCUGGUCGCUACUUCCUGGGCGCUGCUCCCCAGUCUGGACGGGAGGCCUGGUGGGAUGCCACGCGCUCUGUCCUCUCCCUGCCCAAGUCAUCUCUGGAGAACGGCGAGGGCUACGACCUCACUUCCUAUCACAGCCUGGUCCAAGGUAAGGCGCUAGGGUCAUGGCCGCCACCAUCUGGAAAUAUGGGUUGCGUCCCAAAUGGCACCCUAUUCCCUACGUGGUGCACUAUAGGCCCCAUAGGGCCUUGGUCAAAAGUAGUGCACUAUAUAGGGAAUAGGGUGCCAUUUUGGACGUAGUCAUACAAAUCUCACUUUUCCCUGGUAGCUUGUUUACGAAAUGGACCGUGGACAUUAUGGUCCAUGCGACGUUGUUUACACCGUGUCCUGCCAGUAUGCCGAUUGUUACCAGCUGUUGUGCAAUAAUUGCCCACUGUUGAAUCCAAGUUAUUUCACAUUUCAUGUCCUCAAACAAUGGUGCUGCUGCCAAGGAAUGCACUGUCUAUUAGGGAUUUACAAGACAUGAUCAGUUCUAUGCAGAUUAUCAAAUAUAAUUUCAUGUAGAUGGAUAAAUACAUCUGUCUGUAUAUUACAAAAUGCCAUACUUCACUCCAGUCAUAGUUCAAGUUUGUAUUAAUAGCCACAUGGCAGUCAUAGGCAAUGACAUACAUGGGUAUUACAUAAAUAUGCAAUAAAAUCAUGAACUGUGAAAAUCAUAACAAUAUUUACACUUGGGUUUGGGAUGGCUCAAAAUAGUUUUUUAUUUAUUAAGUGGACAUAGUAUUAUUACAUCAAUGUGGAGAUUUGUGGUGCCAUUUUGUCUGACAGGAAGGGGCCACUGGGACGAGGAGAGCGUGGUCAGCUCACCGGAAGGGGGCGGUGGCUCCACCUGCGACUCAGGUGAGCGUUACCGCGGCAGCACUGGCGGUGACCAUUUCCAGGCGAGCCCUCAGGAGCCCAGCAAGAUGGAGACAUUGAUCCGCGUCACGCAGCAGAUGAUCAAGGAGGAGGAGAGCCGCCUGCAGCUGCACAAGGGGCCCCUGGAUGCCCUGGGCCCUGUGGGGGGCCUCUCCAACAAGAGCCACAGACCCUGCUCCUUCACCCCCUCCUCCCUGCCCCUCCCCCAGACCGCCAUGCCCAGCGUGGUGUGUCGUGGCCCGGGAGUCGCCAACGGCAUCAACGUCACCCUCACUUCCGAGCGCCUCCAUCACCGCAACGAUGGCGGAAAGGUUUUGGGUUCCCACGACAACGAUGACAAGAACACGGCCAGCCCGGCCUCUCUGUCUCGCCUCAGCAGCCCCAGCUCCGACGGGAUCCCCAGGUCGGGCCUGUCUGUCUCCAAAGACUACCUGCAGAGUCAGACAGACAUCUCGCCCCACCACAACCCUCCAGGGCAGCAGGGGAGCCCUCAGCUCUACCCUGCCCAGGAGAGGCAGCCCCUGGACAGGCACGCAGCCUACACCCUGACCGGCUACUCCCUGGACCACCUGUACGACGCGGAGAGCUUGAGGAGCUACUCUGGGCUGGGAGGAGCCCAGUACGGCAUGCUGCCCCACAUGAGGAUGCAGGCCGACCAGAUACAAGGACACAAGGGCACAUCGGUGAUCAUCACCAAUGGGAGCUGA